UAUAUAUAUAUAUCACUUCACUCACUUGCUUCAUUCCAAAACAAAAUCAGGAUCACAAAAAAACAAUAAACAAACUUUUGAGAGAAACUAGCAUGGAUCCACUGGAAGACUUCACAAUCAUAUGUCUGCUGGCCUCACUUGUCGCGCCAGCCAUACUCAUUAUAAUUCUGGGCCUAUAUCGCCUGACGGGCUGCCUGGGCUACUAUAAGCUGAAGUGGGAAUUUGUUCGCUUGCCCUAUAAGACGCUAUGCACGAUCUGUUUGGAGAGCGCCAAGGAUGGCGGGUUGGCGGCCGCGUAUCGCCUGCCCUGCGGCCAUUGGUUCCACAAGAACUGUCUCUAUGUCUGGCUGUAUCGGCACAACAAUUGUCCCAACUGCCGCCGGAUCAUUGGCUACUGGAAUGGCAGACAGAUCGAGCCCGUGUUGGGCUACCAGCCGUAUAUCUAUCUCGAUGAGGCUCGGCUCGACAAUCGCCGACCGCGCGCUCUGUGGCCCUACAGGCCGCCCAUCUAUACACGACGCUUUGUCUAUACCUAAUGUGAAGCGCCAUCGGCAGAGCGCAGAAGACUCAGUUCCAAGGCCAUAUAUUGUAGGUUAAUAUUGUGCGAUUUUUCGAUUUUUGGGAAGGCGUUCGCGAGCCACACAAUCACAUAUUACGGGCCACUCCAUAUAUAUAUGUUAAUAUAUAUGUAUUUUUUAUAAUCUA